CUGACUCACAGAUAGAUGAUAACAAAUUCAGGUACGUAAAUCGCCUACUACCCUACGUAUGUACGUACCGUUCUACAGUCUGAUCACCAAAAAACGACGCCGAGCUUUUUGGAUGCUGAGGACAAACCAAAGAAUAUUUUCUUGCGUUUUCUGUUUCCCAAAUCGACAAACGUCUUCAAAUCAUUGAAAUCGUUUUCUUCUUUCGAAAAAAGCAACCCCCGCGAUCCGUUCCAGCAUACUGUGAGAUAUAAAAGCAACGAGCGCCACGAACAUGAAUCGAUCUAUUCCAUCCACCACCAUUCUGGCCCGGGCUGCGUGCCUCCUGGUUGCGUGCUCCGUCCUUUCGGACAGCUUGGUGUCGGCCCUGUCGUCGCCGUCGUCGUUGAAAAUAAGGGUGUGCCAGGGGAGCGGCUGCCUCGGAAAGUGCCGCGGAGCAUUCGAUCCGCUCGAGUCCUUCGAGAAACUGGCUGCCGGUACUGGCGACAGCGACGGCAUCCGACUCGAAGAGACCUUUUGCAUGAACCAAUGCAAGCGGGGACCCAACGUGCGAAUGAUCAACGCCGACAACGGAAACGUCCUGGUCUUCGACGACGCCAUGAACGAAACGGAAGCCGGACGAAAGGCUUUCCAGGGGGUAAGCAACGACGGCAGGGUCGAACACCUGUGGGGCAUCGCCAACCAGCUGCUAGCGAAGGGAGCAUCUGGCUCACCGAUGGAAGGUGUCGCAGAGAAAGGAUCCGCCGAUAAGCUGAACGACAUCAUGCCAACCAAGUAACAAAUAUUGAUUGCGAGAUCGACCCGCACCGCACAGAACAUUGGCGGACGUAGGAAGGGUAUGGGGUUCUUUUCUCAUCCAAUCUUUUCGAUUCGAUUCGCAGUGCGCAUAUUCUACCACCGAAGAGAAGCCGAAAAGCGAACAGUUAUCAUGAAUGUAAACUCGUGCGGCAUUCGAUCCACCUCUUGAAACGAAUACACAACUACACAAUAAUCGUGAUAACAAUUA